CUUGAUUUCUCAGAACCUCUUGAUUGCCCUUCAAGCUCUAAAAAGCGAGAAGUUUCCUGGUUUAACACUUCAACCACUUCACUUAUAUGAUAGCUUCCACUGACAGGAAACCUGAGAGCCCAAUCUCCUCUCCCGCUCUCGGUUUCCCUCGAUUCCGUUUCUUCCGGUAUCGGCGCUUGAGGUAACCAGACACACAAGAAUCAAGAAAAAGAAAAUUUAUCGCAUAUUGCUUUAUUUAGAUCUAUUUUCAGAUUCUAUGCCGACGGCUAAGAGUAACCGGAGGGGACAAGAGCAGAGCCGGAAGGAAAAAUUGUCAUCGGAAAAAUCGAUGUCGUUUCACGGGAGACCUGCAGUCAUGAUGAUGGAAAAGGACCAGUUGAGGAGGCCAAAGACGUUGCCGGAUUUGCUCCCGGAUCGGAUGCACGUCAGUUUGUCGCCGGAGAAUAAACCGAAGUUGACGAAAUUGCUAUUAAAAGUUACGGUACAGGGAAGCGUAGGUGCCGUACAAGUGAUCACGUCUUCGGAAAACACCGUAGCUGACUUGAUCGUCGCCGCCGUGAAGCAGUACGUCAAAGAAUGUCGACGACCAAUCUUGCCGACCACCGAUCCGUCCAGCUUCGACCUCCAUUAUUCGCAGUUUAGCCUAGAAAGCUUGGGAAGAGAAGAGAUAUUGCUGGAACUCGGAUCCAGAAACUUCUUUUUGUGCAAAAGGAAAGUUCAAGCGGAAACUGAAGCAACGACGUCGUCUGCCAAGUGUUCAAAGGAGGUAGAAAAGGUUAGCAAGGCAGGGAUUCCCUGGCUGAAGUUCAUAGGUUUUUAGUGGUUUGAGGUUUAAAAAGCGUUAGAUGAAGUUGAAAUAUUACAAAUCAUGUGAUAGGUUUAGCAUAUCAGAAAAUUUGCAGAUGCUUUUAGGUUUGACAAAGAUUGAUGAAGGAGAUGACAAUAUUUCUUCAUCUCCGAUUGUUUUCAAUAAUUUUUUUUUAAUUUUUGGUA